GCAUGGUGUCGGAGCAGAUCUCCCUGCUGGGGGCACAGUGAUUAUACUAUUCCAUGGAUAAACGAGGCCGUUGUCUUGGAGACGGUGGUGGAGACAUGGAGCGUUUCCGCCAACGAGGUGUCUGCAACGACCAAUUUCAUGAUGAUGAAUCAGGCAAGGUAGAGGAGGACGGGGGAGAUGACAAAGUGGGAGGAGAAGAGGAGGAAGAAGACGAAGCAGAAGAAGGGAAGGAAGAAGCAGCAGCAAAGGAGGGGUUAAAUGACUGGGGGUAUGAUGUAGAAGAAGAUGUCGACAGGGAUGGUGGUGGCGAUGACGAUGGAGAUGAUGAUGGUGGAAGGGAUGCCAGUGGCGAUGGUGGUGUGGAUCCCGGUGGUGGUCGUGGCAGUGGUGGGGGAGGAGGUGGUAGUGGUGAUCGUGGUAGUGGAGGAGGAGGUGAUGAUGGUGGUGGCGGCGACAGUGAUGAGGGAGGCACCAUUCAGCAGCAAUACCCGCAUUGGUAGGAUGCUGGUCUUCAUCACCUACAGCAACCUCAGCAACGUAUACAUUACUUGACGCUGUUGGACCAUUCUCUCACUGGUCUGGCGUAUCCACAUUGGCGUUUGCCAGUUCAGCAGGAGUAACACGAGGUGGUAGACCCGCUCUAUGUGUGUGCACGUGCACAUAAGUCUCAGUUCGGUGGCGCAAGACUAUGUGAUUCAGAGUUGCUCGGAGUAGUCGAGGUAAGUCGUGUACGAUUGUCAGACACACAGUUUUCAGCAGGUCUUGUAAUGUAUGACGGGCUAUUCAACAUCCUAUCUGCCGGGCAUUUGCCGUCCCAAUUCAAUCACGCAUCUGUACUGUGUGAGCCGCAACACUGGCGCCAUGCCAAAGCG